AUAGACCACUUAAGGAUUUUGAACUUUCCUAUGAAAACUUACUUCGUGAGUACAGUUUUGAACAAGUCGAUAUAGCCCCCCAACCUUCACUGGCGAUGAGUAAUCCACGACGCUGCAACUGAUAAACCUCUAAAACCAGGACUGCGACUGGCGCGUUUGGAUAUCUUAUCCUGUGCGUCGCUUAUUUUAUUUUAUUUUUUUCAUAUGGCUUCUAUCUUUGGGGUUUGUAAGCUGGUCGUCCAUUAUUGAUAUUUCAUGGCUGUAGAGUGUAGCAACAGUAGUGUGUGGCGAAAGAGGACGAUGCAAGUCUAACUGGGGAGAAGACAUCGCACUUUUAUCGCCUUAUUUCCCAAAAAGGAGACAUUGCGCACGGGCACUAACGACUGCAGCAACUAAAAGCCAGACUUUAAAAAAAGAAAAAAAAACAUUGAAUCAUUUGUUAUUUCUUUCGCUGCUGUCAUCGUAGUAUGUCUGCACUUCGAAAGAAAUUUGGGGACGAUUAUCAGGUAGUGACCACCUCAUCUAGCGGGUCUGGAUUCAAUCAGCCUCCCCCAGAGAAAAAGAAGAAGAGGCAGCGGUUCGUGGACAAGAACGGGCGAUGUAACGUCCAGCAUGGGAACCUGGGUGGUGAAACCAGCAGAUAUCUCUCAGACUUAUUCACAACACUAGUAGAUUUGAAAUGGCGCUGGAAUCUAUUUAUUUUCAUCCUCACCUACACAGUCGCUUGGCUCUUCAUGGCCUCUAUGUGGUGGCUCAUCGCGUACAUCAGAGGAGACCUCAACAAAGCCCACAAUGAUAAGUACACUCCAUGUGUGGCCAAUGUCUAUAACUUUCCCUCAGCCUUCCUCUUCUUCAUAGAGACCGAGGCCACGAUAGGAUAUGGUUACAGAUACAUUACAGACAAAUGCCCCGAGGGGAUCAUUCUCUUCCUUUUCCAAUCGAUCCUCGGAUCGAUCGUCGAUGCAUUUUUGAUCGGCUGCAUGUUUAUCAAGAUGUCUCAGCCCAAGAAAAGGGCCGAGACUUUGAUGUUCAGUGAACAUGCGGCGAUUUCUAUGCGAGAUGGAAAACUAACUCUCAUGUUCAGGGUCGGGAACCUGCGUAACAGCCAUAUGGUCUCUGCACAGAUCCGCUGCAAAUUGCUAAAAUCUCGCCAGACCCCCGAAGGCGAGUUUCUUCCGCUGGAUCAGCUGGAGUUGGAUGUGGGUUUCAGCACCGGGGCAGAUCAGCUCUUUCUCGUCUCACCACUCACGAUCUGCCAUGUGAUUGACACCAAAAGCCCCUUCUACGACCUCUCCCAGAGGUCCAUGCAAACAGAGCAGUUUGAAAUUGUGGUUAUAUUAGAAGGAAUAGUGGAGACCACAGGAAUGACCUGCCAAGCGAGGACAUCGUACACGGAGGACGAGGUUCUGUGGGGACAUCGCUUUUUCCCGGUCAUAUCUUUGGAAGAAGGUUUCUUUAAAGUGGACUACUCUCAGUUUCAUGCCACAUUCGAGGUGCCCACCCCUCCUUACAGCGUGAAGGAACAGGAGGAGGCCCUGCUUCUCUCCUCGCCCCUCAUGGCUCCAUCCCUUUGCAACAGCGGGGAGAAGAACAGCUCUCUGGACUGCUUGGAGACCCUGGAGGACAAUGACAGCACCACCAAGCUGCCUACCAAGCUCCAGAAGAUCACAGGGCGGGACGGCCUGCCUAAGAAGCUACUAAGAAUGAGCUCCACCACCUCAGAGAUGACUUACAGCUUUGGCGACCUGCCCAUGAAGUUGCAGCGAAUCAGCUCUGUUCCUGGCGUUUCCGACGACAAGCAGGGUGGGAAGGCCUCCAAGAUCAGCACAGAGCCCAUCAGUAAGUCAGUGGCGGACCUACCUCCAAAGCUGCAGCGACUGGCUGGAGGAGGGGCGGGCAGGAUGGACGGACACCUGCCGCCUAAACUUAGAAAGAUGAAUUCAGAUCGCUUUACAUAAAGCAGGCAACAUAUUUUAACUUAUGCCAUCCACUUUUAUUUCCCUAACUGAAGUCCUUGUACUAUUCCUAAUUUAUUAAUGGACAAUAUUCUUAUAUUAAACGAAAUGUAGAAUAUGUGCACAAAAGUACGGGGAUGGAAUUGAGCACAUUUGUCUCUGGAUGUAAGUGUACAUGCUCUGAUGAAAGACCUCUGAUUUUUUUGGGUUGUUUUUUUUAAGGAUGAUGUACAAUUAGCACAAUCUGGCAUGUAAGAAACAGCGCAUGUAGAACAGAAUCUAAAUAAUUUCUGGCAUGACAUUUAUUGAUAUAUUAUUUUACAAAAAGAAUUUCAUUAGUGAAUUUGCAGACGGUGGAACAAUUGCACAAAGCCAUAUGAUUUACAACAUGGAAAACCUACAUUACAUGGUUCUAAUUUGUGGUGACGACAGGCACAUACAUUUGUUUUGAGUUGAUUGCUUUUGUUGUUUAAUGUAAA